AUGAUUUUAAAACUUCGAACGUUAAUGUCCAUCGGUCCAGAUGAACUUGUCUCUAUUUUCAAAUAUCUCGAUUAUUCCCACAUGUGCACCAUUUGUUGUGUUUGCUCGGAAUGGAAUCAAAUCGCUUCCAGUAAUUCUCUAUGGCAAUAUUAUUUUCAAUUAUUGAACAUGAACCAUCCAUCCAAAGUUCCGAAUGAAAUUCUAGAAAAAGAUGAUCGUUUUUGGAAACAUUUAAUUCGAAAUUAUUUCUCGGUGGAAUUUGUAUCGUUUGGUUCUUCUGCGUGUCAUGAUCGAACACAAUGUUUUGUUUCAUCCAAAUGUUUUGAUCAGGAGCAUGAUAGAUCAAUAAUGAAUUCGAAUUUAGAAAUACAACAAGAACAAGAAGAACAAGAUCCAAAGAGCUUUUCAUUUCUAAUGAAACAAGAUCGAUUGACUUGUUCCAGAAUUCCAUUAUUUGAUUUUGAUUUGAAUGGUUUUCGAGUUCCUUUUGUGAAACAUUUAAUUCGAUUUGUUUUGGGACGUAUAAAAGUUGUACGAGUGUGGAAUCGUUUCUCUCCAACUCCUGGAUCCGAUUUGAUUCUUGUGGAUUCUGAGAAAGACCUGUUAGCAACGACCUACUUUUAUGAUGAAUACCACUCUACAGAUUUGAAAGUGAAAAUGAAAAUUAGUGGACUUGAAGAAGCAUUGAUUGGACGAACGAGAUUAAUUCCCAAUGACUUCAUGAAGAAGCUUUAUUCCUCUUGGAGAUAUCGAAAAUUGGAUGGAUUUUACUUGUAUUUUGCAACAGAGAGUCAUGAUCGAAUGAAUGAGAAGCGAAUUGAUGACACUACUAAGCAUAUUGUGUUGAAUGUGGACACAACGAAUAGUAGUAGUAGCAAUAGCAACUCGGAAUUGAUUCAAAAUGCAUUUCUUUACACUUAUUCACAAAAAAAAGUGACAUGUAACGUUGAAGACGAGCACACGAUGGAUCCUUUCACAUCUGAAGUUCUCUCGAAAUUAAUUCCAAAUAUGCCACAUUUGAACUUGUCACCCAAAACAUUCCUUCCCAUUUGGUGUAUGAUCUUUACAAAAAUUGUGACGGGAUUGUGUCGACUUCCCUAUAAGAAUGUUAAGGAAUUGACUCAUUAUUAUCCUUGCUGGAAAGAAGCUUCUCUUCUGUAUGAGUACAAACGUCAUUAUUACUUUAAAAAAUUACAACACAAAAUGGAAGAAAUUAGAAAUUUGAUACUCUCCAACAAGAAUUCCAAUGAGAACAAGUUUUCAAAAAUGUUGACAAGAAAACCCAAUGGAUAUUCCAUAAUUGAAGCACAUAAGGUCACCCUUUAUUGGGAACUCACAAAAGAACGAAUUGAACAUGUCAUUGCACAGGACAAGCACAAUCUAUUCCCUGAUUUAAAGACGAAAUGGAAUCACGCAACCUCUUGGCGUUUUUCCAAUGCACAAGACCAAAAUGAAUUAUUGAAUCAAGCUGUAAAUGAUUUGAAACAAGUGUUGAAUCAAACCUACAAUGUGGAAAAUUACUUGGAUCUCUACAUGGAGUUCAAGUACAACAAGUACCUACGUGAAUGUAAUAUUUGA